CUCGACGCUCUCGCUGGAAGCCGUCCAGAGGAACGGAAAAUGGCGGACCUCGAAGACGUAACCCUGGACGGGAGACCGCUCCAGUCUCUUCGCGUUGCAGAUUUAAAAGCUGCUCUCGAGGAGAGGGGACUGUCGAAAAGCGGGCAAAAGAAUGCUCUUGUCAAACGCCUCAAAGGGGCUCUUAUGUUGGAGAAUCUGCAGAAGACCUCCACUCCUCAUGUUGGACUGCAACCAAACUCUCAGAUUGGUGAGGAAAUGAGCCAGAAUAGCUUCAUCAAGCAGUAUCUGGCUAAGCAGCAAGAGCUCUUGCGGCAGCGUCUGGAGAGAGAGGCCCGGGAAGCAUAUGACACUAAUGAGCAAGAGGAUCACAUAGAUGUUAAUAACAGCACUGCAUUUCUUCCUCAAGCCAAGGAUCUGAAUCCAGCCUCAGCAGAUCAGCACAAGGCACCUGGACCCUCUGAUGGCGAAAUCAUGUUUGUUGCAGUAAAUGAGGGCGAGGCUAAUAGCAACCAAGAAGCUCAUAUGUCUGCUCAUCCUGCUUCUGGAUCAGUUACCAUGAAUGUUACUAGCAAUGAGCAUCGACGGGGGAAGAGUGCGCCGGCCAGUGACUUCCUAGCUGACAGCGACGAUGAUGAAAGUGAGGACGGCGAGGAAGACGGCGAUGAUGAUGAUGAUGAUGAUGAUGAUGACUGGGGCAGUAACAUUCGCAGGAGGACUACGAGACAGCCAGCCAGAGCGCUGUCAACUCGAGAGAGGUGUGGAGCAUCUCGUCAGCAGCAGCAGCAGCACAUCCCUUCCCUUUUGUCUCCUCAACUUCGCCAGCCAACCCCUCCUCCCUCCCCACCUCCAGAGUUAUCAUUUCCUUUGCCUGACACCCCUAAACAAAGCCCCCCUAGUCCAGAUGUAGCCGCAGCGAGGCACUCUCCAAGUACCUCCAGCUCUGGUUCCUCUAGCAGUGAUAGUCGAAGUAGCAGCCCAGAGCCCCAGAAGAGUGGACUCAUGGAGCGUAAACCUGGCCCGUUAACUCUCCUAGCCCGUAAAAUGGAAUCGGAAGGCGCUUUUGCUGGGGCCGGUUGGCAAGGUGGCACUGGGCAAGGUGGAAGGAACGACAGCAGUUCCCCAGUAGCCGCAUCAUUUGAUGGCAUUGAACAUGCGGAGGGUCUCUCAUCAACUACCACUGUAGACCAUGUGCCAGUUUCCAUGAUACCAGGCAUCAACCAGGGCAUCAGUGGAACACGUUCAGCUCAUAGUCAUGUUCCUGUGAGUGUGCAUAAGACUCAUACAGUGGAUGAUAGAGAAUCAGAAUUUGAGUCAGUAGAGGCACUUGAGCUGCAAAGACAAAGGCUAAGAAGCUUUAAUCAAGAACCAGCAAUAGAAGAUGAUCAGAACAGAGCUCUGCAGCUGGAACAAGAAGAAAAUGAGAGAUUUAAACAUCAGCAAGCCUUGGAAAGAGAAGAACAAGAAGCUUUGCAAAAGAAACUUGCUUCAGAAAGAGAGCGGCUGGACAGGGAGCAAGCUUUGGCCAAGGAGCUGGAAGUACAAGAACAAACUUUGGCAAAAGAAAGAGCUCUAGAGCUGGAGAGUCAAAGAGAACUUGAAAGGCAAAGGGCAUUAGAGCAAGAACGUCUCCAGCAGGAAGCACAGGAGAGGGAAAAAGAGAGAGAAAUAGAGUUGGAAAAAAUCCGGGCUCGAGAAGAAAAAGAGAAGGCUCUUGAAAAAGAAAGAUUAGAGAGAGAAAAGGCUUUGGAGGCAGAGCGAAAAGAAAAAGAACGGAUUGAAAAAGAAAGGAUUUUGGAACAGGAACGGUUAGAAAGAGAAAGAUUAAAGCAAGAGCAGCUAGAUAGGGAAAAAGCUUUGGAAGCAGAGAGAAAAGAAAAGGAACGGAUUGAAAGAGAGAGGGCUUUGGAACAAGAACGUUUAGAAAGGGAAAAAUUAGAGCAAGAGCGGCUAGAGAGGGAAAAAGCUUUGGAAGCAGAGAGAAAAGAAAAAGAACGGAUUGAAAGAGAAAAAUUAGAGCAAGAGAGGGAAAAAGCUUUGGAGGCAGAAAGAAGAGAAAAAGAACGGAUUGAAAGAGAAAGGGCUAUGGAACAGGAACGAUUAAAGAGGGAAAAGUUAGAGCAAGAGCGGCUUGAAAAAGAAAAAGCUUUGGAGCUAGAGCGAUUAGAGAGGGAGAAAGCCUUGGAGAAAGAGCGCCAAGAACGAGAGGCAGUGUUGGAGAAAGAGCGGCAGGAGAGGGAAGAAGCUUUGAAGAUCGAGCGAGAGAAAGCUUUAGAGCUAGAGCGAAUGGAGAGGGAGAAAGCUUUGGAGAAAGAGCGGCAAGAACGAGAGGCAGCGUUGGAGAAAGAGCGGCAAGAACGAGAGGCAGCGUUGGAGAAAGAGCGGCAAGAACGAGAGGCAGCUUUGGAGAAGGAGCGCCAAGAACGAGAGGCAGCUUUGGAGAAGGAGUGCCAAGAACGAGAGGCAGCUUUGGAGAAGGAGCGCCAAGAACGAGAGGCAGCGUUGGAGAAAGAGCGGCAGGAACAAGAGGCAGCGUUGGAGAAAGAGCGGCAGGAACAAGAGGCAGCGUUGGAGAAAGAGCGGCAGGAACGAGAGGCAGCGUUGGAGAAAGAGCAGCUGGAGAGGGAAGAAGCCUUGAAAAUCGAGCGAGAGAAAGCUUUAGAACUAGAGCGAAUAGAGAGAGAGAAAGCUUUAGAACAAGAGCGACUAGAAAGAGAGAGAGUUUUAGAACGAGAGCGAGAAAAGGCUUUAGAGCUUGAGCGACUGGAGCGAGAAAAGGCCUUAGAGCUUGAGCGACUGGAGCGAGAAAAGGCCUUAGAGCUUGAGCGACUGGAGCGAGAAAAGGCCUUAGAGCUUGAGCGAGAAAAGGCCAUAGAGCUUGAGCGACUAGAGCGAGAAAAGGCCUUAGAGCUUGAGCGACUAGAGCGAGAAAAGGCCAUAGAGCUUGAGCGACUAGAGCGAGAAAAGGCCUUAGAGCUUGAGCGACUAGAGCGAGAAAAGGCCUUAGAGCUUGAGCGACUAGAGAGAGAAAAGGCCUUGGAGCUGGAGCGACAAGAAAAAGAAAAAGCCUUGGAGCUGGAGCGACUAGAAAAGGAAAAAGCCUUGGAGCUGGAGCGACAAGAAAAAGAAAAAGCCUUACAACAGCAGAAAGCCUUAGAGCUUCAGCAAAUAGAAAAACUGAGAGCAUUCGAUCAAGAGCGUCUGGAGAAAGAGCGUCUUGACCACGAAUGCCUGGCGAAAGAGCGACUAGAAAAAGAGAAUCUAGAGACAGCAUGUCAAGUGCUAGAGCAACAGGAGAAACAACAUCCAGGGAGAGCACAUGUAAUGCAAGAACUGCUAGAGCAAAGGUUGGCAAGCGAUGGAGCUGAUGAGGCGCAUGAACGAUUAAAACACAAUAGUAAGGAGCAUGUAAAGGAAGUGUCAGAUUUUGCUCUUAAAAACAAAAUUGCGGUGGAGAGAAUAGUAAAGGAAAGGGCUAAUGAGCAGGAAUUAAUAGAGAGGGAAACACCUAAGGAGUUAGACACUGAACUUCCUCCAUCUGAAUUUGGUAGUGGGCUUGGUCUUACCCCUCCUACUCCUCCCUUUUCUACAGGACCAGAUAGAAAAACAGAGGCAGGAAUCCAGGAAGAUGGCAAAGCUCCACUGUCAAAGAGUGAAUCCCAAGAAGCAGAAUCAUCACUGUCAUCGCAACCAUCAUCGUUGAGGAAAUUGCGGUUCUUAAGGGACCACCCAAUUCAGGCCCAGUCUGCCACAUCCAUGGCCACCAAGUGGCCUCAUAACUUCACUGAUACCCCUCAGCCCCAGAAGUCACUUUCCUACUCCCCAGUCAGUUUUAGAGAACAACAGGAAGGUAAAACCUCCACUAAACAGGAAUGCAAUUCUGAGGAACAGUUUACUCUUAACAAAAAAACAAGUGCCAAAGGUUUUACAAACCAAGUAUCAGGGGACAAUUUGAAAGAUGAUACAGUGAGGCAGGAUGAGCCUGCCAAGAAAAGCACCAAGAGAUUACGGGAUGUGGAUAAAGACAAAGUUCCUUCAAGCCCAGUUAAUGCUGUACAGUUGCACGGAAGAGAUGGAAAGAGGGAGGAGAAAAAAACAAGAAAACGUUCAUCCUCUAAUGACUCCUCUUCCUCCGAAUCUGAUUCUGGGUCAUCAUCAUCCAGGUCCUCUUCAUCCUCGUCUUCUCUUGAGAAAGUCACCAUUUCGAGAAAUAGAAGGGAAAGAAAACCAGACAGAACUACUUCACCGCUGUGUAUAGUGACUGCCGUGGCUCAAGAUGACUGUAUACAGGAAACUCAAAAGGCCUCCCCUUACAAAAGAGAGAGGUCUGUCGAGAAGACAAGCACAAGAAAUGAUGAAGCUAGUCAGGCUAAGAAACCAUUCCUUGAAAUACCAGCUGAAGAGCAGAUGAAAAGGAAAUACGGCAAAGGAUUGGAAGAAAAGGAAGAAGGGUCUGAACAAAGGCAGGCGAUUGAGUCUUCAAUGGAAGAAUCAGAGAAGCUUCUGGGGGCCAACGAGGAGGCCCGCAAGGCCUUCUCUGCUCGCAAGAUCUCUCUUGUCAGCAGUAAGUCACCAGGCACAGGCAGUACAGAUGGGGAUCAGGAAUCUGGGACUCCUGGUGGUCGCAAGAGGAGGUGGGGUUCCAGCACUGUGGCCACUGCCAAGAAACCUUCCAUUAGCAUCACUACAGAUUCGCUCAAGUCUUUGAUCCCAGACAUCAGGCCAUGUACAGGCCAAGACGCUGUAGUGGACCUGCACCCUGAGGAAGUGGUUUUGUCUGAUGCUGAGGAAGACAACCAAGAGCUCUCCGAGCAGGACCUGCAGAUCCGACGCACUGUCACCCAAGAGGUGCCCUCAGAUAUCCAAGAGAACGGACAGAAGCCGACAAAGAGGAUUUGCGAGGACUUGGUGGAAAAUAACAUUCAGGGAGACCAAAGCAAGACUGCAUCUCUAGAAGAGAAACCUGUUGAAGAAUUGGAAACCCGAUCACCAUCCCAUCCUAACCAAGAUGUAGAAGAAAUCAACACUGUCGCUGCAGGCAACACACUCAUUCGUCGCUCCAUCAGUCAGCAAAAAACAGGUGUUUCCAUCACCAUCGACGACCCCGUACGAACCACCCGCCAACCAUCUCCUCCACGUGGCAAAGUUUCCAACAUCGUUCAUGUCAGCAACCUGGUAAGGCCUUUUACGCUUGGGCAGCUGAAGGAAUUGCUCGGCAGGACUGGCACGCUAGUGGAAGAUGGCUUCUGGAUCGACAAAAUCAAAUCUCACUGCUACGUCACUUACUCAAGUUCAGAGGAGGCGGUUGCAACACGCGAAGCUCUUCAUGGAGUGAAGUGGCCUCAGAGUAACCCAAAAGUUCUUACCGUAGACUUUUGCCAGCAGGAUGAGCUGGACUUCCACAAAGGUUUGAGCACAGCAGAGAAACCCGGAUCAGAGGAUCAGUGGCUCAAUUCCAACCGUUUUCAAGCCCCGGGCUUACCUCCCCUCCUUCCCAAGAGAGACCAGUGGGCCGAACGCGAGCGUGAAAUGGAGCGCAGGGAGAAGGCACGCUCAGAGCGGGAGUGGGAUCGCGACAAGGUCCGGGACUUUGGGAAACCCAGAGACGAUGGGGAGGCUGUUGCCCGAAGGUCACGCUCGAGGGAACGGCGGCGUAAGGAGAGGGGCAAGAGCAAGGACAAGAAGACUGAAAAGAAAGAAAAAGCCACUGAAGAACCUCCCGCAAAGCUUCUCGACGACCUGUUUCGCAAAACAAAAGCAGUACCUUGCAUCUACUGGCUUCCACUUACAGAUGAACAGUUCGCCGAGCGAGAAGCCGCCAGAGCGGAACGGAUGAAAGAGCGGGAGAAACGGUUGAAACAGCAGCAACACGAAGACGAGGAGAAGAAAAGGGAAGACGAGCGUAAGGAGAGAACUAAAGGUGUCUCGACGGGAGACCGCGGCGAUGGAAGGAAAGAUAAGGACCAGGACCGGGAGAGAGAGCGAGACAGGGAUAGAGGGAAAGACAGGGACAAUGAGAAGCGCAGGGACGGCUACCGGAGACCAGGGGCCGGUAGCGAAGGGGGCAGCAGACGCUCCCGAAGCCGCAGCGAUCCACGAGACAGGCGGCGUUAAUCAGCUGAUGGAACUGUCUCCCUCUCCUGUUUGCCUUCCGUCACAUGUACUGUGUUUCAACUGAGGCCCAGCAAAGGUUGUCACCACUCAGUUGUCACUACCAAGCACAUGUAUACAUAGACUCAGACGUGUUGAAAGGGGACCAGAAAAGUUGCAGUGUUUGUAUGUGUCACUCCUCGUCAAGGGUUGAUGUAUAGUAUAUCACGAAUUUGCCAUCCCUCCUUUCUUUGACUAUCAUCCUUGCAGCAUAGUAGUACCUAUCCUCCCUGUCCUCAUAUUUCCUUCUGACCGAAGUAUUGGUGCCAUCAUUUGCUCUUUGCCUCCACAGUUAAACAGUCUUGCACUUUGGAUGAGGAGGCCUUGUUGCUGCAUGGAAACCAACAAUCUUUUAAGCCGUCCUGCUUAGAGAGACAGAAAAAAAGGAAGUCUCUUUGCAGAGGUGCGCUGACAUCUGGCCAACGUGUGGCAUUCUGUACAGACAUCUUGAAUCAUAUGUUUCUAACUGAGGCAGCUUUGGAGUAUUUUAAUCUUUAGGCAAUGCAGUGUUCCUUUCUCCAGCUGUUGGAGGAAAAAAAAUCAACCUGGAGACUUGCGGCGAUAUUUUCUGUCCCACCAGUUUUCUUUAUUUUCUCUCCCUUCCCGUGACGUCCUCCGAGGCUCUCAUCAUACAUCAUGUAGGGCUUGUACAGGCCAUGGAGAGGAGGUUGUACUAUUUUGUUUUCUCACAAAUGGUUUGAAUAUUGUUAUUUUUACCAUUCUAGUAUAAAUGCUUUUUUUUUUUUUUUUUUAAUUUCCUCUUUGAUUACGCCUAUCAAUGGUGAAUGUACAAAUAAAAAAUGGUAAAUAUUG